UUAUUAAUGUAAACUGUAAAUAGUAAUUUUAAAAUUUUAGUUUAGUUAUCGAUAAUGAUAUCUCCACAGUUAUAACAUCGAUUCGACUAGAAAAAUGAAAUUAAUAAGCAUUAUACUCACAAUUUUACUCUGUUUAUGUGCAAUUAUUGGAGAUUAUAUCGUAUUUAAAUCAAAAUACUCUGAAUCACAAGUAUUCCGUGCUUUUUCCGACAGCAGUGUUCAUGCAAUCAUCGGUUUAAUAUCUGCAAUAUUAUUUUUCACUUACGAUGUCGGAUUGACUAUACAAGCACGCUUUUAUAAUGCAGCAUUUUGUACAAUACUCUCAUCUUUAAUAGAUAUUGAUCAUUUUAUUGCUGCAAGAUCUUUUAAAUUAAAGGAUGCUACAAAUUUAAAACAAAGAGGUAUCUUCCAUUGUACCACAUUUUGGUUGAUUUUUACUUUAUUAUUAUUAAUAUAUACUCAUAUUACUAAAAGAACAAAUAUAUAUACUUUGACGUAUAUGGCUGUAAUUGCAUAUUCAACACAUCUUAUACGAGAUGCAAAUCGUAGAGGUCUCUGGUUAUACCCUUUUGGGCAUACCUAUCCUAUAAAUAAAUAUAUUUAUUUGAUACUAAUAUGUGUGUUACCGAAAUUAUUUGCAUAUUCAUAUGUUUAUUGUAAACCAACUUUUAAAAAUGUAAUGUAUGAUUCAUUAGUUUAAAAUCCUAUGGGCAAUAGAAAUGGUUGGUUACCUUAUCUGACAGUGACAUUUUUAAGCUAUCUAAGUCUAUCGGUGAUGGGAUAGUGAGAGUCAAAAUGGCGGGUGUACCAUAGCCAAUAAUUAUAGUACAGAGUCCCAAAAACCCCCGAACUGCCCGGUAAAAUAAAACUUCAGUAUCGGGUGAAUGAGCCAACUUUGUUUGUCGCUUGUCGCAAGUAUUUUUUUUUAUAACAUAAGGUGGCAAACAAGCAAAUGGCCACCUGAAUGCACCGAAAUGGAAAGCGACCG